CAAAUACUGGGUGACUCCGCACACCAAAAGUCAGGAAAAUGUUGUACUUCGGAUUCAUUUAUUAGUAACACUCCCGGAAGGAGUGAGUUGUUUGAGAACGAGUUAGCGGGCUUAUUGUGAAAAUCACACCAAGUUGCACCUCUGUAAGAUGUAGUUUUGAGUUUUUUCUGGGACUGCAUUAUACAAUGGAAUAUGAUAUUCUAGAUACGCUGGAACAACUCGGAUACGAUGGACCUAUAACGGACGAGCAUGUGCUCGCAGAAGCCUGCGAUUGCGGCUUGUCCUCCCCCGCCUUUGCCGGUCUCAGUGUGUGGAUGACCGUGCGACUCGGGCAGCUGCUGGGUCUGGAAGGAAGUGUGUGCAUCGAUGAAAAUGAUGCCGAUGGUCUUCAGUCUCACAUAAGCAGGGUGCUGAAGGAAGUGCUCUGCCCAUAUCCAGCACUCUUGGAGAAUCUACAAGAGGCGCUACAAAAGAAAGAGAAUUGUCUUAAUCUUAUUUUGUAUUUAAGUUCUGAACUGCAAGCUGCACAGAUUGUGGAGAGCAAACAAAGCCAUGUGGGUGAUGUGUGUACAACUAUGCAGAAUCUCAAGUCUAUCUGCCAAACAUUGAAGCUCUCUGAACCAAAUGGGCAAUCAACAAGCAACAUCUUCUCCGGCAUUGAAUCAAAGAUAAAAGAAAUUUGUGAAGACCUUCCAAAGCAGCACCUUGGCAAGCCUGUCUUGAAGUUGUCCUUCAACAGUGAACAAUGGGGAAGGUUGGAACAGAUUAACUCUGCUCUUUCUGCUGAGUAUGAGCAUAGGCGCAGGAUGCUGAUUAAGCGCUUGGAUGUCACUGUGCAGUCUUUCAGCUGGUCAGAAAGAGCAAAGAAUUGUUUAGACAGAAUGGCAAAAGUUUACCAACCCUUGAGAUAUUCGUUGCUGUUCAAGCCAUCGAUCAAUCUUGGUCACCUGCUAGCUGCAAGAGAAGACAUUUGCCAUGUGAUGAAGACAAGCAGUGGGCAAACUCGGGAGAAGUCUGCAUGUGCCAUAAAUAAGAUUCUGAUGGGCAGUGUUCCUGACAGAGGUGGACGGCCAUCAGAAAUCAAUGCUCCGCCACCUGAAAUGCCACCUUGGCAGAAGAGGCAAGACUUUGCAGGAAGAGGUGGCUGGGAUUCUAGGGAGAGAGGAAGGGCAAGAACACAUAGGAAUUUUCAUGGAGGAAUAGGAGGCAGCUAUGGUAGAAGAGCGAGACAUUAUUUCUAUUAAGGCAUAUUAUUGUGCACUGUACAUUCAAGUGAAACUAAAUAGUUGUAGGCUUCAUAGGAACACUGAGGUAGUGCUAAGAUAAAUCCAGUGCUUUAAUACUAAGGAUGUGGUUCUUGUGCAUACUUAUGCUACACUUUCAAUUAACUUUGCUUUUUGCAUUUUUUAAGUUAUUUGCAUUCUCAAAAUUUUUCUAUAUUGUGAAAUAAAACUGAAAACCAGCUAUAAAUGCUAUAUGCUAGGUAUAACUUGCUUUAGAUCUUUUUUUGUCUUCUCCCAUUUACUUUGACAAAACUUGACAUAGAACUUUUAUUUAGUUAUGCAGAGAAUGCAAAAAAAAAAUCUUCUUUAAACAUCAUUUUUGCCCUUGAUUAUAUCAAGAAGAAUUUGCUGAUGUAAAAGAUGUUUCUGGUUAAGCACAGAGGAUCUGUUGUGAGAACCAUGUAUAAAUAAGACAAUGUUGGGUUGGAUCCUUUGUCAAAAAUUACCUUCUGCGUAGACUGGUUUUAUUUCGAUUAUUUCAUUGUUUUUACUUUUUCUUCUUGCUAACAGAAUAUGCCAAGAAACACAAUACUUUACUAUUACAUUUAAUAUUUACUAAUUAAUUGUGGUCUAAAAUUUUAGUUAAGACUAAAAAGAACCGGUUAUGCAAUGAAUAGUUAACAUACAGUUAAUUUGGGUUUUACUGCCACUAGUUAGCACCUAGUUGGAUUUUACUGCCAUUUAAAGAAGGCAAUAGUAUGGUGUUUUGGGGGGGCCACGGACAUUUAUUUUUUAUGUGCAUAAUUUAGUUUCAUGUGCCCACAAAAUAAAAUACUGAAUCAAGCUCAGGAAAUGUACAAUUAUUUUUGGGCUUUCAAUUUGCUAUUUCAAGCUGUCUAAGUUGCGUGCACAUUUUGGUUAUUUGUGCCUUCAAACCCAGAAGCUGGAGUCUUGGAACUGCUAUACUGAUACGGACUAAUGCUAUGGUAUUAUGUAUUCACUCAAAUCUUUGUAAUAAGACAUAAUAUUUCUCACAUUUCAAUUAGUGAAUGUUCUAUAUCUGACAGUAGUCAUAUAAAGUUUCCAUGGUGGAAAUUAGGGAUUACAGUAAUUAAAGCUUAUGUACUAUAAUGACAAAUACAUGUGUAUACCACCAAGCCCAUAUCUUCUAUUAAUGCACAAUAUGUCAUCCAUUCCAACUUAUUCUGCUAGAUUUUCCACGUGUCCACAUAAUUCAAUGGUAGAAAUGAAGGGUUAUGGUCAUGUAAUUCUUAAUACUGCACAUGAUGAUAACCAAUAUGUAUGCAUCUCUGAGCCUUUAUAGUAAUUUAUAAUAUCUCCCAUUCCAUAUUUCAUCCAUCCAUCCAUCCAUUUUCCAAACCGCUUAUCCUACUGGGUCGCGGCCAUUCCAUAUUUAUUGUUCUGUAUUUAUAAUGGAUUAAAAAUGACGCUUUGUGGUCUUUUAGUUACCAUUUACAUAUUUAUGUAUCUUUUUUAUUAUUAUUAUUUGGCCUUUAAUUCAGUAACAAAUUAUUUACAUUGAGUAUUUGUGCACUUCAAACGUGCAGUUGGCUUGACUGCAGUCCCAAACUUUCAGCUCCUGGCUAUGUGUGCACAAAUAACAAUUAAUGUGAGAGUGCAAAAUAGCAAAUGAUGAGCACAAAAAUAGUAAGUCAUGCACACAUUUUUGGGUUUUGUGAGCUCAAUUCAGUAUUUCAUGGGCAUGUUAAGCUAAAUUGUGUGCAUGAAAAAAUACCUCUUUUGGCCUUUCCAGGGCAUCGUACAAGUCAAGUUGUAUUUUUUAAAUAAACUGCUCACUGUGUGAAA